AUGAGACAAGGAAAUCCAGUAUUUGUCCCUGAGAUCACAGGCUAUGAUCAAUAUAGUGUUCUAACAAUUUAUAUUCUUUAUUCAAUUACAAAGAUCAUUACUAUAUUGACAAUUAAAGACACUUACCAGUCUAAGUGUGUUUUGGACCUAGGCGUCUAUUUAGUCCUAUACUCAACAAUCGAGCUGUUUGAUGUUUUUUUAUUAUGCGCGCUCUUUAUACGAAAAUAUUUUCACUUGGAGCACCCUCCUAAAAUGCUCGUAUUCUCUAUACAAUUAAGCACAGAGACGUAAGAUUUAUUUAGAUUUCGAAUUAUGAUAUUAGUGGUAGCAACUAUUGAUUUAAUAAAAGAAAUUGAAUGCCUUCAUGGUGCUAUCGAAAUUCUUGUCGCUGCUUUAGUAUGCAGCGAAAUUUUGAAAAUUCUGUUAUUAAUCAAGCCAGCCCAUAACUUUUUAAAUACAGUUAUUUCAGCCGCUUCUUAUGAGUAUUUUGACGACAUCACUUUUGUACCGCAUGUAAAUUUGGAGCCAUACUUGAAGCUAGAAGUUAGUGACGGGUUUUGUGCAAUUUGUCUUAGUAGUCAAAAAACCGACGAAAAAUGAGUAGGGUUACCAUGCAAGCAUGAUUUUCAUCACAUUUGUAUGAAAACGUGAGUAACAUAUAAAAAUAGCUGUCCAGUUUGCAGAAGUCUAGUAGCCUAA